AGUACGACAUAAUAUUGCGUGGGGAAUAGGUAUUUUGGCGCCCCCUCUGGCUGCAGGCGCACACUUGUUCGUAUAGACGGAGAGAAACCCUCACCGAAGUCCCCCCCCCCUCCCCCGUCAACAAUCGCUGCCCGGGGCGGAAGUGGACCUAGGGUCGCCACUGCCUGAAUCAAGUAAACGCCAACGGUUUCCUUAUUACUUAUAAUGGGAGUGGGUUUUAUGUAUUUUAUUGCAUGAUUGGAACGACCUGCCACUAAACCUGUUAAGGUCGUUUAGACUGGAGAACGGACCCCGCUAGGCAAAUAGAGGCCAAACUGUCGGGUAAACGUUGACCUGUUAUCAGCCACUGGUACUCCACUGGUAUGCAACGCUUAAAAUGAUAGCAGGUCCGACCCAAUGAUCUAUAAACAAAUAGAUAUUUGUCACUUCCAGCAUCUUGUUUCAAGCCUCAUCUUCGUGGUAACUUUUUCACACACACAAAUUAAUGUGUGUGUGAAAACACACAUUCAUGUGUUCGUGAUGUUUCAAAUUUUUGAACGCAUUACUUUUACAGAUUGGAAAGGGCUCUAUAUGAGUCAUAAUGGAAGGGUGGGCAUGUAUGGAGAGUGAAAGUGAUGCGUCUGAUGAACAAUUGGUUUUCCACCAUGUGGUCAGGUCUGAUCGUCUGGUUUCUCGGGAGACGUGUAGGUUAUCGAAACCAUUUCUAAAUGGUCUCGUGUAAACAAAUUCAUUUUCGGCCACCCACAACUUCUGUUGUGCCUACUCCUUGUCAUCACUUGGUCCUACUUGGUUUCUCACUCAGCAUGGAUGCAUAUGAACAAAAGCUCCGAGCCGUGAGAUCGAUGGAGGAACAAGGUGCCGAGUAUACCAUGAAGGGACAGGAACACCGAUGUAGCAGCUGGAGGCUGGGGGUGGCUUUUACCAUGCCGUGUCUAUUGGUGAUCGCAUGUACGGCCUUUACCAUUCACACUUGCCACACCAUAACCUCGCUCUUGAACGUGGAAAAAGCAUAUGAUGGCAUCUUCAUACAAUUUCAUCCCAUCUCAGAUAUCUCAGACAAUGAGACACUCAAGUUCAUGAACUACACAAACAAAAGUGUGGAUCUGGUGGACAACAAAGAGAUCGUCAUCUCUUGCAACGGCCCGUACAUCCUACACAUGUACGUGUGCCCCAGGGGUUUUAACAACGAACCCGGACAGGGCCACCUGGAGCUACGCCUGGCCCCGGAGCAGCAAGCGAUCACUAACUUCACCCUUGAGAGCAGAGGGGGCAUCGACUGCAAGGGCCUACAAACCACUGUCUACCUGCGGAGGGAGCAGAGACUGAACCUCUACUUCUCCUCCAAGAACCGAACCCUCAAGAUUAAGAAUGUCAUCCUCGGCCUCCGCUACCUGUUGGGGCAGUGCCAGUACUGAAAGAGAGAGGCUGGGUAGAAGUACAUUACAAAGACCGGUUCAGUCUUCUGAUCCAACCUGAACAACAGGGCUCGAACUCAAGGAAUAUACCUUGUUGUUGGUUCUGAAGACUAGGCCUACUGUUCAGAACAGGAUUGACAGCGCUAUUGCCUGAAUGUAUCUUCUCGCGGUGGAAUGUGUAUGCAUUUCGCUCUAAGCUAUUUUAUUAUUUUUACUUUUUUUUUAAUUUAAUCUAUUAAUAAAAUUUGUUAUUAUCUCAUAUUGUAUAAUGCAAUUGCACUUUUAUUGUGUAUCCUAAUAAAAGGGUAAAAUAUU